GAGGAAGCGAAACAACCCCCGCAAGCGAGGAUGCACCGAAACCCUCGCGUCCUCCUCCGGGCCGCCGCCUCUCUCCUCCGCCCCGCCGCCGCCGCUCCACAAACCCUAACGAAUGCGGCACCCUCUCCACUGCCGCUCUCGCUGGGGCGCGCUCUCCUCCCUGGAUACCGCCGCGCCUUCUCGACGGACUACGGCAAGGACGUGGACGAGGUGAACCGCAAGUUCGCCGAGGCGCGGGAGGAGAUCGAGUCCGCCAUGGACAGCAAGGAGACCGUCUACUUCAACGAGGAGGCCGCCUGCGCGCGUGACGCCGCCGGCGAGGUCCUCGGCGCCUUCGACGCGCUGCUCGCCCGGGUCCCGCCCGCCGACGCCGACAAGCUCCGCCGGUCCAUGGGGCUCAAGAUGGAGCAGCUGAAGGCCGAGCUCAAGCAGCUUGAGGAGUAGCGGCCGCUCCUUGAUGAGGGCGUCGAGGUCAGAGGUUUGUUUUUUGGGAUCAAAUCUGGGGGAGGUUUGGGUUGGCAGCAUAGAUGCUUCUUUCAUAAUUGUUGGGUAUUCUGAUUGAGGAAUAAACUUAACCAACAAGCUGUUGCAGUAUGUUAUUGUAAUGGGAGAUUUGGAGCUAAUUUGAACCGUGUUCCUUCAAA